AUGGUGCCUAUACAGUCAAAAUAUGAACAAAACAUCAUGUCACGUGUUUAUGCAGCUGAUAUCAAACAAUCUAAUUAUAAACGUGACCAACCUAAGAUGCUGUCGAUUUUUGAUCCUGUUGCACCACAAUAUUUACGUCAGCUUCAUUUAUCGUCCCUUUAUUUAUAUUCAGUUUACGGUUGGUAUCAAGAAAUCCUGUAUACAAGAAACAGACCAGUUCCUCUAUGUUAUUCCCUAAUCAUCAUCAGUCAUUCGCUGCAGAUAGAUAAGAAAAAUGCCUAUGGGAUUCACUUGUUUGAAAAAGUCUGCAGACAGCUGGAUUUACAAGAGACUGAGUACUUUGGACUGACAUAUCGAACAGGCCUACGAGUAGAUAAUUGGCUGAAACUUGAUAAACGUAUAGCUAAACAAGUAGAAAAAGUACCAUGGAAACUGGAGUUUCGUGUACGUUCUACCCACCAAACACUGAUGAACAUAAUUUCAGGACAGCUUCCAUGUUCUCACCACACCUACGUUAUUCUUGGCGCUUUUGUUGUUCAGUCAGAUGCUGGAGAUCACGAUCCUAACACUCAUAUUGUUACAAACAUCAAAAUGCUUCAACAGAUUGUUGAAUUACACAAACUCCAUAAAGGACAGUCACUAGUUCAAGCAGAUCGAGGGUUCUUGGAAAAUGCUAGAAGACUUUCACUAUAUGGAGUAGAAUUUCACAGAGCCAAAACAAGCACUGGUGAAAGCGUAUGUCUCGGUGUAUACCAUGAUGGAAUAUUACUAUACCAUGGAAUGUUACGUAUGAACCGAUUUCUUUGGCCUCAGAUUGUAAAAUUACUAUCAAUGAGCAAAGAAACAUUGAGUAAGCGUGGGACCUUAAGGCGAACAUUUUCACCCGGUGGACUGAAAGGAUCCGACAGAAGGGAAAAUAACUCUGGUGAAACUAGUCAUGACAUCACGUUAACAUUUCACUGCACAGAUGCCCGCUUAGCAAAAAGACUAUGGGAUUCCUGUACCUCACAGCAUGCUUUUUUCCGAUUGCGUGAUAUACCUGGACCACAGAGACCUAAUCUUACAACAGCCUUUAGUAUGAGAAAAUAUCAUUUUCCAAGUAAAACAUUUGAUGCUUACUCAAGAGAACCAAGUUCAGAGUGGAUCCCACGACAACAACCACCAAUCAAACGUGUACAAACUCACAGAAAACCACCUCAAUACACUAAAACCCCUUCAACUAGUCCACCACAUUCACGGAAUCAAGUGUCCGGAAGUGUUGCACCAGUCGCCUAUGGAGAAGAACCUGAUCAAUACUAUAUAAUACCUGGAUCACCAUCUCCCUUAGCUGCUAACUCGGUGAACGUAGAUGUUUUACAAAACUUACCGCCAGCAUAUCGUAAACCAGGCCCAAUUCGAGUACCAUUACCAGAAGAUCAUUGGCAAAUGUCAGCAGCUGACUGUACCCAAGGAUUGGGAAGAAAUAUUGAUGGGACAGACAUAGCUGCAAUGCCAGACACAGAAUGGCAGGGCUGUCGAACGAAUUGGGGUUUGAAAUGGCCAGGUGCGUUUUAUUAUGAAGCCUGUAUGCUUGAAGAGGGUCAAAUACGUCUAGGGUGGUCACUAAUGAUGCAAGUCUCAUACUUGGCACAGAUUCUAAAGGGUUUGGUUAUGGAGCUGAUGAAACAGGCGCUGGAUCAGCUGCCAACCCCUGUCCUGUGGAAAGUUCAUCCAUGCGAAUUACUCAUUCGAUUAUGGAAUGCCAAUUGUACCAGGAGAUGUGAUCGGAUGUUAUUUAGAAUUAAUCCAGAUGCUACUGAAGAUAAUAAACGUGUAAAUAUACACUACAGCUAUAACGGUCGAAUAUUGCAAACACCAGACUAUAAAGUUGAUCAGACGCUUACGCCAAGUAUGGCAUUCUUCCCUGCUGUUUCAUUAAAAAUGCUAGAUUUCCCUCCGAAAACCACAGCUUUAUCUGGUAAACCUUGGUUAGCAGUAUCGCAUGUUCCAAGCCCUUUAGUUAUUUGCAAUCAAAAUGUUGGCUGGCGUGUCAAUCCAAAUGAUGUAACAUCGAGUACAAACUUGUUAGUUUCGCCAAAUGGUCGAUUUGUACAGGCUGUAGAAAAUACUGGAUGGCAAGGCUUCCGAGUAAAUAAGGGAAUACUUGGUGAUCGAGCCUAUUAUUAUGAAGUGAGAAUUGUUGAAGACUCUGGAUUGGCACGUAUCGGUUGGUCGUUUGAAAAUGGAUCAUUAGAUCUUGGCGUCGAUUGUUUUGGCUAUGGUUAUGGCGCUGAUCGAGAUGGCUUUGGUAUUAAUGGUUCACAAGGGAAAAAGCUUCAUGGAGACAUCAUUGAAAACUAUGGUGAAGCCUUCCGUAAAGACGAUGUAAUUGGUUGCUUCAUCGACUUGAGUAAUGGAAUAAUACAAUGGUCAAAAAAUAAUCGUUUAUUUGGUCUCGCAUAUGAAAUCGACAAAAAUUUACUGAAAAAUAAUGAGCCAAUCUAUCCAGCUGCAUCCUUAGUAGAUACUACACUAGAAUUGAAUUAUGGUGACUUACCAUUCAAGUACCCACCAGAAUUUGCAUCACAAUUUGAGAAUUAA